GAUGUAGGUCGUAUGGACAGGUGGAGGGCUGCGUUCAACAAGUCCCUCCAUCAGACCUUUCCCCCCCACGUGGAUGUUAUUGUUUAAAAAUGUGUUGCCUGGAAAUUACUGAAAGUUUGGAGCUGCCAAUCUCUCUCAGAAACAACCACCCCAUUCCCAUCGGAGUCCGCGGCUGGAAGCGCACCUGAAAAGCGGACCAAUCGCACUUGUACUUUUCAGUCUUGUCUUCAUUCGGCGUUGUUCGCCCAACUGCCAUCAUUUUCUCCAACGCGUCUUUGGGCGCCUCUCGACGCCCCCCUCGCCCUGUCAUCUCCUCGGCCACCCUGGAAGGAAGGGGGCAAAUGGAGUGGACCAUGGCCGGGUGCCAUUAUCCUUCACCAACACCGCCAGAGCGAGAGCGAAGGUACCAGCACAAAGUAUCUCUGGUGGUGCGCUACUUCAUGAUUCCUUGCAACAUCUGCCUGAUCCUGCUUGCCACUUCCACGCUGGGAUUUGCCGUGCUCCUCUUCCUCAACAAUUACAAACCCCCUCACUUUACACCUGCUCAGCCUCCUGAUGGCUGCCGUGGAAAGUUGUGCGGCUUUGGCGCCGUGUGCGAGCGAGACCCCAACGACCCCGCCAACGCAGAGUGCGUGUGCCAGAGUGGGGAUUGCCCUUCGUUGGUGGCGCCCGUGUGCGGCUCGGAUUCCACGACCUACACCAACGAGUGCGAGCUGGAGAAAGCCCAGUGCCAUAGCCAGCGGCGCAUCAAAGUGCUGCGUAAGGGGCCGUGCUCUCUCAAAGACCCUUGCACUGAGGUGACCUGCAGCUAUGGCAGCACGUGUGUGCAGUCCACUGACGGCUUAUCAGCUAAAUGCAUGUGCCCGCUGGGUUGUGAGGGCAGGCCAGUGCAGACAGUGUGUGGCAGCGAUGGGAAGGACUACCACAACGAGUGCAAGCUACAUCAGUAUGCCUGCAAGAACCACAAGAACAUCAGGGUGCAGCAUCAAGGACCAUGCGACCCUUGCAAAGGCAGUGAGAACAGUCUCAAAACAAUGUGCCACGUGGAGGCCCUCACCCGCCAGCCACUCGUCUUCGGCUUGCCCGAGUCGUGUCUCCCUGCUAGCGAGCCGUUGUGCGCCAGUGACGGCGAAACCUACCCCAGCGAGUGUGCCAUGAGGGCAACGGGCCUGCAGAAAGGAAUUAAACUCCGGAAGAUUCAUGAUGGAUGGUGCAGAAGGAUGGAAGAAUGUAAGGAGGAGUGUCGCUUCAACGCCGUGUGUGUGAUAGAGCAGCUGAAUGCUCGAUGCUCGUGCGAUCCCAUCGAGUGCGACGGGACCUACAAGCCUGUCUGCGGGAAGGGUGGUCGCACUUACACCAACGACUGUAUGCGGCGCAAGGCCGAGUGCCUGGGCAAAACCCUCAUCCCCAUCAAGCACGCAGGGCCGUGUGAUCUCCACACACCAAGUCCCUGCUUGGAUAAGGUGUGCCAUCACGGCGCAGUCUGCGUGGUCAGAAAUGAUGAGCCCGUGUGCGAGUGCCUGGAAGCCUGCCCCCAGACGUCAGACCCUGUGUGCGGAUCUGAUGGCAGCAGCUAUGGCAGCCCCUGCGAGAUGCGAGCGAUGGGCUGCGCUCUGCAGAAAGCCAUCCACAUUCAGCAUAAAGGACUCUGCGAUGAGACCUGUGCCAACUGCUCUUUCGGGGCGAUCUGCGAUGCCCAGAGCGGCCAGUGUGUUUGUGCGACAGAGUGUGUGGAGUCCCACCAACCCGUAUGCGGUAGUGACGGCUCGACCUACAACAGCGAGUGUGAGCUACACGUACGGGCCUGCAAAAAACAGAUGGACCUGCGAGUGGUCAGCCAGGGAGAAUGCAAAACCUGUGGCGACACUGUGUGCGCCUGGGGCGCUCGCUGUGUCCAAAGUAAGUGCGACUGCCCACAAUGCUUGGGUGAAGCAUUCUCUCCGGUGUGUGGAAGUGACGGCACCACCUAUGAGAACGAGUGUGAACUCCGCCUCUCCUCGUGUAUGCAGAAGAAGAAAAUCGGCGUGGCGAAAGUCGGCAGCUGCGAGGAAGACUGUGGCUCCGGAGGUUCCGGGUCUGGUACGGAGAGCUGCGAACAAGACCGCUGUCGCUUAUUUGGAGGCUCGCUGGACGAAGAUGCUGAGGAUGACCGAUGCGUGUGCGACUUCACUUGCCACACUGUACCUCAUGUCGAGGUUUGUGGCUCAGAUGGGAAAACCUACAGCAAUGAGUGCGAGCUGAAGAAAGCCAGAUGUGAGAAACAAGAGCAGUUGACAAUUCAGCACUUGGGCUUGUGUGCAGCCACAUCGCUCCCGGAGCCCACCAAGUCCCAGCACUGCUCUCUGUCUGUGUACGGCUGCUGUGCCGACAACUUUACAGCCGCGUUGGGAGUCGGGCUGGCUGGCUGUCCAAGCACCUGCCGAUGUAAUGUCUACGGCUCCUACAAGGGAACAUGUGACCCAGCCAGUGGUCAGUGCUCUUGCAAGCCGGGCGUCGGGGGGCAGAAGUGUGACCGCUGCGAGCCGGGCUUCUGGAACUUCCGCGGCAUUGUGACUGAGAACAUGAGCGGCUGCGCGCCGUGCAACUGCGACGCCAGCGGGUCCGUGCGUGACGACUGCGAGCAGAUGUCAGGUCUGUGCUCUUGUAAGGCCGGAGUGAAGGGCAUGAAGUGCAAUGUGUGUCCAGACGGAAGCAAGAUGGGCAUGAAUGGCUGUGACAAAGGUCCAGAGGCGCCAAAUUCAUGUGACGAGUUGGUUUGUAGCUUUGGAGCGUCUUGUAUUGAGGUGAAUGGUCAGGCCCAUUGUGAAUGCCCUUCACCCGACUGUGAUGAGCGGAACAAAACUAAGGUGUGUGGUUCCGACGGGGUGACGUAUGCUGACCGCUGCCAGCUGAGGACUAUUGCCUGCAGGCAGGACAAGGACAUUACAGUGAAACACUUUGGACAAUGCACAGAAACCAUCUCCGAGCGGGCUGAGCGACCCACUCCAACCCCCCUUGCCGCCGCCACCACCAUCACAACGCCAGCCCCCUUAAAUCAUAAUAAGGUGUGGGCCAUCCCGCCUCCAAGAACAGAUGAGACGACUGAGACUACGAUGCAGCCCCCUGCCAACACGCCUUCACCCACCCUCACCCACCACCGUGCGCAAACAAACCACCACCACCACUCCAUCCACAUCCAAACUCAGUCACCAUGGUCAACUCUUACCCCUGCCGCUACCGCCUCUCGCAGUAGCCCCGCCCCCUCGACUGCUGCAAAUUCUUUCGAGGGUUCGGGCAGUGGGGCGCAGAGUGGAGACGACCAAGCUGAGGAAGAGGAGGAUCAGGAAGCGGAAGCAGGUAGCGGCAUCCCAACGGAGGCCAGUGGGGCGGAGGAGCCUUUUGGAGCCACAGUGGAGAAAACUGCAAUACCCAUCGCUGACCACGGCUCCUCAUGUGAUAACACAGAAUUUGGAUGCUGCCCUGACGGUGAGACUCCGGCCAGCACCCAAGAGGGAACCAACUGUCCACCCACAAUGAAGUUCAGUGGUUUCCUGCACUUGGACCAGGUGGAGGGACAAGAAAUAGUCUACACCCCCGAGAUGGAGGACCCAAAAUCUGAACUUUUCGGAGAGACAGCCCGCAGCAUUGAGAGUGCUCUUAAUGACCUAUUCAGGAAAUCGGAAGUACGGAGAGACUUCAUGAGUGUUCGUGUCCGUAACCUGGCACCCAGCAACUCCAUCCUGGCCUUUGUGGAAGCAAAUUUCAAACCAGAUACAAGAUACACAGUAGAGGACAUCGAGGGAGCCCUGCUUAAACAGCUGAAGGUCUCCAAGGAAACAAGUAUCACAGUGAAGAAGCCAGUGGAUGAAAAUAUUCGCUUCAACAACUAUGGUCUAUCCUCCAUACCCUUCUUUACCACCACUCCUGCGUCAAUCACUACUCACGCUCCCCCCACCACCACCACCACCACCAGGCAUCUGAUAAACUCCCCCUAUUUCACCCGUCGGCCCCCGGGCACGCCCCGUAGGCCUAGCGCCGGCAGACGGAUCACCACGACAUCAGCACCUGCCACCACCCCAAUCACCAUCACCACCACAGCACAACCGGUCAUCACUACAACGGCAAUGCCACCAACCACCACUCUCGUCCAUGUCCGCGAAAGACUCCACAAUCACCAGAGACCAUGCGAUUCCCACCCCUGCCUCCAUGGGGGAACCUGUGAGGAGGAUGGCAAUGACUUCAGCUGCAAGUGCCCUGCUGGGCGAGGGGGAUCUGUGUGCGAGAAAGUGAUCAAGUAUUUUAUCCCGUCAUUCGGAGGUCAUUCGUACUUGGCCUUCCAAACCAUGAGCGCCUACCACACGGUCCGCAUUGCCAUGGAGUUCAGGGCAUCCGACAUGACGGGCAUCCUGCUCUACAAUGGCCAAGAGAACAAGAAGGACUUCAUCUCUCUGGCUCUGGUGAAUGGCAAAGUGGAGCUCAGAUUCAACACAGGUUCAGGAACAGGCAUCAUUGUCAGCAACAUUGAAAUCUCCCAGGGCCGCUGGCAUCAGCUGGUGGUGACCCGCAAUCGGCGUCUCGCCAUGCUCAGCGUGGACAACGAGCCGCACAUCGAGGGCGAAAGUCCGCGCGGAACCGACGGCCUCAACCUGGACACUCAUCUCUUCAUUGGAGGAGUGCCUGAAGAAAUGAAGCAGGAUGUAAGAGAGAGGACUGCCGUGGGCUCGGGUCUUGUGGGCUGCAUCCGCCUGCUGGAUGUCAACAACCGGGUUCUCAACCUGCAAGAGAACGGCGUUGAUAAUCUCUACGGUAGCGGUGUGGGCGAAUGUGGCAACAACCCUUGCCUGCCAAAUCCCUGCAAGAAUGGGGCCACGUGCCAGGUCAAAGAGGCAGAGAUGUUCCAUUGCCAGUGCAGAAAAGGAUUUUGGGGUCCAACUUGUGCCGACAUCCAUGACCCAUGCGAGCCCAGCAGAUGCCAUCCGUCAUCCCAGUGCCAGGCACUUCCCGAGGGAGGCUACAAGUGUGAAUGUCCGAUGGGACGUGAAGGGAGGCACUGCGAGAUAGUUGCCGAAAGGAGAGGGGCAUACAUGCCGUUAUUCAAUGGAGACUCUUACCUCGAGCUCAAGGGACUCCAUCUUUAUGGACAUGAUCUGCGUCAAAAAGUCAGCAUGACAGUGGUUCUUAUGGCCAACGACUCCAAUGGCCUUAUCUUCUACAACGGGCAAAAAUCUGACGGGAGAGGAGACUUCAUCUCUUUGUCUCUCAGUGAGGGGAUCCUGGAAUUCCGAUAUGACCUUGGCAAAGGGCCUGCUACCAUCAGGAGUAAAGAACCCGUCAGGCUCAACGUGUGGAACACCAUCAGCUUGGAGCGCUCCAAUCGCAAAGGAGAGAUCAUGGUGAACAAGAAGGACGCCGUUCGAGGAGAGGCCCCGAACCUCCAUGUGGACCUUAACCUGAAAGAGUCUCUUUUUGUUGGCGGAGCGCCUGACUAUAGUCGACUUGCACGAAGUGCCGCACUCACAGAAGGCUUCAAGGGAACCAUCCAAAAGAUCAUUCUGAUGGGCACACCCAUCCUCAGAGAAGAGAACGCCCUGCGCUCCCAAAAUCUGGCCAUGUUCCUGGAGCACCCAUGUUCCCGGGAACCCUGCCACAAUGGUGGGCGCUGCAACCCCCAACUGGACACUUAUGAGUGUGUUUGCCUUAGCGGCUACUCUGGAGGCCACUGUCAGAACACCAUUUAUGAGAAGUCUGCCGGGACUGACACCGAGGCCAUUGCCUUCGACGGGCGGACCUUCAUCGAAUACCACAACGCCGUCACGAGGAGUGAAAAGGCUCUCCUGGUGAACAAAUUCGAGCUCAGCAUCCGCACAGAGGCAACUCAAGGCUUAGUGCUGUGGAGCGGGAAGGCUGUGGAGCGUUCUGACUACAUCGCCCUGGCCAUCGUGGACGGCCGCGUCCAUAUGAUGUAUGACCUGGGCUCCAAACCGGUGGUGUUGCGCUCCUCGCUGCGCGUCGACACAAACCGCUGGAUACGGAUCAAGGCCAGCAGAGCGCUGCGAGAUGGAUCGCUACAAGUCGGCAAUGAGGCAGCGGUGACAGGAUCGUCGCCUUUGGCAGCAACCCAGCUGGACACAGAUGGAGCGCUUUGGUUGGGCGGCCUGGAAGAAGUGGCGGUGGCCCGUCGGCUGCCCAAAGCCUACAGCACGGGCUUUGUGGGCUGCAUCAAGGACGUGGUGGUGGACGGCGUGGAGCUCCACCUGGUGGAAGAUGCCUUGAACAGCCCCCAAAUAUUACACUGUCCAGCGGCCAAAUAAGCAGGCGCAGAGAAUAAAAAAACAAAAAACAAAACAAAAACAAAACAAAAAAAAAAACUGAGAGAAUGAGGAAACAAAUCAGAAAAUACUCAAGAAAACCCCCUACCCCUCCGAUCCUUUCGAGUCCCUCCAUAGCACUCAUGUCUCCUGCUGUAAUUAUUUUCUAUUUUUGUAUACUUUACUUUUUUUUAUAUAUAUAUGGGAAGAAAAUGUUUUAAAACAUCUUGGGUGUUUUUCAUAAUUUCUUUUAAAUCUGAGUCUCAAUUCUCAUGUCAUGAGUUUUUUUUUUUAUUUCAAUCAACAUGUAAAAUUUAUUUUCGGUUUAUCCAUUUUGCUUUUAAUUCCAUCACCAAGUAACCAAAAAGGUUGCUUAUUGACUUAAACACAUUACUUGAACUGUGAUUUUUCCUUAAGCCUUUGUUAUGGUGCCAUAUCUGUCGCUUAAAUUCCCCAGACAUUUGUUUCCAUUCAUUAAUAUAUACAGCAUAUAUUAUAUAAUACUACAUUCCCUCAUCACCUCCCAGCUCCUUGUAUUUUCCUAAUGGGGCUCAGUCAAGCUGCUACAGUGAAAAAGGACAACAAGAAGGAAAAAAAAAUAACAAUCAUCCACUCCCAUCAAUCUUCAACUCACAGCACCAGAAAUGUAAUUAAAUUCAAAGACAAACGACUACAUUAUAUGCUGGAUCUGCAGCCCAUCUAACUCUGAACACAUCAAGACAUAAUAUAAAUUGUUACACAUAAAUAUAGAAUCUAUAUAUGAUACCAGAGACUGAAUAUGUAAGAUGGAUUCUCCCCAAAGAGAAUUGUGCAGUUGUUUUAUCAGCAAAUUAAUACUCUCGAUGACCUCUUUUAAAGCAUUAGCUGAUGCAUUGGAUUUUUCUGUCUUUAAAAAAUAAUAAUAACCUUUUUUUUUCUCUUCUUGCAAUUUCAAAUGGAUUGGCGCAUUUCCUGUAUCUUUGCGAAGCUUUUCACGAGUGUUAACGAGGGACCCUUGAAUGGCCCACGAGGGGGAAAGUUGUUCAUAGGGAGGAUGGACGAUGAUCCUGCCUGGCAACAUUCAACAAACAAGCUCCGAAAAGACUUCAUUUCCAUUUUUAUAUUGACUCUGGCUGUUGAGAGAGACUGUGACCCCUGUGGAAGCCAUAACAGCCACAAAAUAAAUGAAUAUAUUUGUUCACUAACAUACGGUAGUAGCGCAUGGGUUUGUAACAAUCAGUGACGCAAUGACGAGUCACUGAACCACAAUAAGCUGUGAUGACUGAUAUCCUCUUUUGAUAAGAGACCUUUGGCAAUAUAGUCUAUGACAAAAUCAUGCCUGUUUUGUGGUUGAGUAAUAAACAAUCUUGUUCGUUUACAUUCUUACUGAUGUUCCCCUCUAAAAUGAUCUGGCAACCAGUUGGUUUUUUUUUGUGUGUGUGUGUGUGUGUGUGUGUGUGUGUG